AUGUCUAGCUCAAACCCUGUUACUGGUUUACUUGCAAAUGAGAAACUCACUGGUGAUAAUUUUAUUAAAUGGAAAUCAAACAUGAACAUUGUGUUGAUUUGUGAGAACCACGAGUUUGUCUUUAUUGAGGAAUGUCUUGAGGUCCCUACUGCCAGUCCUCCCAAAACUGCUAGGGAGAAAAAGAAGCAUGAAGAAAUGGAGACUGCAUAUGAGAUAUGGGAGUCUCUUCAAGCCAUGUUUGGACAGCAAUCUGAUCAAUGCAGACAUGAGGCUAAUAGAUCCUAUAUGAACAUCAAAAUGAAGAAGGGAGUUUCUGUCAGAGAACAUGUCCUAAACAUGAUUAAUAUAAUGCAUGAUGCUGAAGUUCAUGGAGCAACCAAUCAUGAGAGGACUCAAGUGUUAAAUGAGUUUCAGACUUUUGAAUCACUCAAUAAGAGUAAUUCAAAAGUAGAAGAAGCAAAUGUUGUUGAUUCUAAGCCCUCCUCUUCAAAAGGGAAAAAUAAUAAGAGAAAGAAAUCUCAUGGCAAGGAAAUUGACAAAUAG